AUGAGAACUAAUAUUAGCACCGAAGUCAAUAAAAAACCAAUUACUUUUUCUGAAAUGGGAGAGUUUAUUCAACUUUAUAAUCGCCUUGACAAACCUCAAAAAGAAAAAUUGAGUAAGUAUUGGGCUGAAAUUACUCAUGAUUUGCCGAUUACUCCCCAAAAAGUAGUUAAUUUAAAGAAAAAAGAUUAUCAAGAAAUACUAGAAUAUACUCGCUUGCUUUUGAUUACUUACU